AUGUGGUGGAAGCCGCGGCGGCGCUGCUGGCGGGGCCCCCGGCGCGGCCCCUGCUCUCUGGUCCUGCUGGCGCUGCUGGUCGCGGCCGCCGCCACCUUGGCCUUGGCCUUGGUGCUCCGGGGCACCUCCGCCCAGGGCCCCGAGGCGCGCGCGCCCCGGCGCCCCGCUCUGCAGCCUGAGCCCGCCGGCGCCGGCGCCCCGCAGCCGGGCGAGAGCGCGGAGGAGCGGUUGCGGCGGCUGCGCCGCCCCGUCUACCCGCGGCCGCCGCCCGAGCCCGGCGCGGUGGGGGAGCUGGGCCGCGCCGUGAGCCUGGAGCUGGACGAAGCCGGCAAGAAGCAGCAGGAGGAGAGCAUCCAGCGGCACCAGAUCAACAUCUACCUCAGCGACCGCAUCUCACUGCACCGGCGCCUGCCCGAGCGCUGGCACCCGCUGUGCAAAGAGAAGAGAUAUGAUUAUGAGAAUUUGCCAAAAACAUCUGUCGUGAUAGCUUUUUAUAAUGAAGCAUGGUCAACUCUUCUACGAACGGUUUAUAGUGUUCUUGAGACAUCUCCAGAUAUUCUGCUUAAGGAAAUCAUCCUUGUGGAUGAUUAUAGUGACAGAGAACAUUUAAAGGAGCCUUUGGAAAACCAUUUGUCUGGCCUGCGUAAAGUGCGUUUAAUCCGAGCAAAUAAAAGGGAAGGGCUAGUUCGAGCUCGACUUCUGGGAGCUUCUAUAGCAACUGGGGAAAUUCUGACCUUCCUUGACUGUCACUGUGAAUGUCAUGAUGGCUGGUUGGAGCCACUGCUGGAAAGGAUUCAUGAAGAAGAAUCUGCCGUUGUAUGUCCUGUGAUUGAUGUCAUUGACUGGAAUACAUUUGAGUAUUUGGGAAAUUCAGGAGAGCCACAGAUUGGAGGCUUUGACUGGAGACUGGUGUUCACUUGGCAUGUAGUGCCAGAGAAGGAGCAAAAACGAAGGCGUUCCAAGAUUGAUGUCAUCAGGUCCCCAACCAUGGCUGGUGGACUGUUUGCUGUGAAUAAGAGAUAUUUUGAGUAUCUCGGAUCCUAUGAUACAGGAAUGGAAGUAUGGGGAGGAGAAAACCUUGAAUUCUCAUUUAGGAUCUGGCAGUGUGGAGGAAGUCUUGAGAUCCACCCUUGUUCUCACGUAGGUCAUGUCUUCCCUAAACAAGCUCCUUACUCACGGAUCAAGGCUUUGGCUAACAGCGUCCGUGCUGCUGAAGUCUGGAUGGAUGAAUAUAAAGAAAUUUAUUACCACCGAAACAUGCAUGCACGUAAGGAACCAUAUGGAGAUAUAACGGAAAGGCUAGAACUUCGUGCCAAACUUAAAUGUAAGGAUUUCGGAUGGUUCCUGAAGAAUGUGUAUCCGGAGCUUCACAUUCCUGAAGACAGACCUGGCCACUUUGGAAUGUUGGUGAGCAGAGGAAUGGCAGAUUACUGUUUUGACUAUAACCCUCCUAGUGAAAAUGAAAUAACAGGGAAUCAAGUCAUUCUUUAUCUCUGUCAUGGAAUGGGACAGAACCAGUUUUUUGAAUAUACUUCACAUAACGAAAUACGUUAUAACACCCGCCAACCGGAGGCCUGUGUAGCUGUCGAUGUAGGCACUGACCACCUGACCAUGCAUCUCUGUUAUAAAAAUGCCCCAGAAAAUCAGAAAUUUAUUUUUAAAGAGGAUGGAUCCAUAUUUCAUGUACAGUCUCAGAAAUGUCUACAAGCUGAGGCGAAUGCUUCCAAUGGCAAUCCAGCCCCACUGUUAAGAACAUGUGCAAAUUCAGAGUAUCAAAAAUGGUUCUUCAAAGAACGUAGUUAAUAUGUUACUGUGCUAACCAACCAGAUGAUGGACUAGGAAUCAGAAGGCCUGAAUUCUAGUUCCAGUUCUACCAUUUACCAGUUAUAUGACCUUACGCAAGUCCCUUUAUGUCUGAAUCUCAGCUUAAGAAUAUUUGCCCAGCCUGCCUCACAGGGCUGCUGUGAGGGUAAAAGGAAAUAUGUGAAAGACUUUUUAACUGACUAUAAGACUACAGAUGGAACAGCAAACAGAGGAAUGACGGUGAUUAUGCUCAGGAGGACUUUGUAGCCAGUAGCUACUUAGUUUAAUGCAAUGUGAGGAUAUCAUGCAAGACUUGACAGUAAUAUUUUCAUAAGGAAAUUAUUUUACAAGGUGUGCAUUUUUUUGAAGAAUUAGUAGAAGAGUUUAAGCUUUGCACUAUUUAUUUAAAAAGCUUUACCGUUGUUUCAAGAUGGCGUUUUUUCACAGAGAGAAGCACAUAACUCUUUUUAUUCAGUGACUUUAAAGGAAUUAUCUACCAAAUAUUUUUUUUUAGUAUUGCCUAUAUCCUAUGAUAGUGCCUUUUUUUAGAUAUAAGGUAGACGUUAAAUCUUGAUAUUUUCCAUAUAUUAAGCUAUUUGCACAGAUUUAAAACAAAAAAAACAUGUACUGUAGAUUGCACAGAUAAACAUUUUGGCCAGAAUUUUCUCAAUGCAUGAAAUUGUAGAAAAGCUGCAUAUGUAGCAAGGGAUGAUAGCUCCUUCAGAUCAUUGGGAUACUCAAAGCUUAUUUGAAAUAAUACCGUUCAUAUGUUACAGAACUGUCAACAUCAUCCAGACAGUUUUUGCCAAUGAUACCUAGAAUCAAAGGGAGAUUAAGUCCAACCCCCUGCUGGAUGGCCAAAAUUCCUUUCUAAAAUUCCAAACAUAUGGCCAUUCAGCCUCUGCUUAAAUACUUCCAGUCACAGAUAAUUCACUACCUCAUAAGGCAGUUCAUUCCAUUUUCAGACAGCCGUGAUUGCAAAGAUGUUCUUCCUUCUACUGAGCUGAAGUCUGCCUCCUUGUUAACUUAAUCCCAUUUGGUCCUAGUCAUGACCUCUGGAGCCAUAAUGGAUCUUUAAGUAUUUAAAAACAGCUAUCAUGUCCCCCUUAAGGCUUUUCUUCUUGAGACUAACCACCCUAAUUUGUCUGAACCAUUUCUUAUAUGAUAUGUAUUUGAGUCCUUGAAACAAUGCUGUUGUUUGUUUGUCAGUUGUCAAUGUUGUGCCCAAAACCGAAGACAGUAAGUACUUGAAAUGUGGUUUGACCAGAGAUUAGGAUGAUAGGGCCGCCAGUUACUCUCUCCAGACACUGUGCUUCUAUUAACGUUGCCUAAAACUGACCUUUUGAAAGAACAACCUUACUAUAAAACUUUCAUAUGACAGACUUUUAAUAAUGCUUUAUUGUGGCUUAACCAUCAUUACUAUUACUAAUUACUACUGUGACUUUUUAAAAUGUACAUAUAAUAAUUUUUUUGGUAAACAUUAGUUUAAGAAAUAAAAUUAAAUUUCAAUACAUAAUUCAUUAUUUAAAUCUGAACACUAAAUUUGGUACUUUGAAAAUUGUAGCAAAUGCUACUGAAAUCAUUUUCUAAAAGUUUUUAUUUCUGUAGCUGGUUUUGAUUGUUGUGUAAUUUCUAGAUGCAUUUCUAUGGUUUUGCUCAAGAAACAAAAAUGAAAUAUGUAAAUAUGGGAAGUGUGUUAUUUUGAAUAUUGAAAAGUCUUUCAAAGCAAUUACUGAUUGUUAGUUUUCAUUCAAUCAAUUGUAAGAUGGUGACAUUGAUACCAAAUUUAUUAAAAAUUCUAUGACUUUAUAU